UUCUGGAGCUGGGGCGUGUUUGCUUGGUGAGGAGGAGGAAGAGGAAGAGGGUGGGGAUGUUGAAGAGGAGCGACAGGUGAUCAGCAGCAGCUGUUGGUUUCAAGACAAACAUCUGAAGGAAACGAGCAGAAAACAGGAGGACUGGGAGAUCUGAUGAAAGCAGACUCGGCCUCUCCUCUGACCAGAACCUGAACCAGAACCUGAACCAGAACCAGAACCAGAAUCGGUUGUGGUAAAAUGGCGUCCAGCUGUGCUGACCCGCCCGUCCUGACGGAACAGGAGGAGUUACAGAGGAGAGCCAAUCAGGUCACAGAUGAGUCCCUGGACAGCACCAGACGGAUGGUUCAACUGGUGGAAGAGAGCAAAGACCUGGGCAUCAGAACUGUGGUGAUGCUGGAUGAACAAGCAGAGCAGCUGGAGCGGAUCGAGGAGGGCAUGGAAUCCAUCAACAGGGACAUGAGGGAGGCGGAGAAGAACCUAACGGACAUGGCCCAGUGCUGCGGCCUCUGCAUAUGGCCGUUCAGGAAACCGAAAACCUUCGAGGAGAGCAGAGCGUACAAGGCAGUUUGGGGCGGAGCCUCCAAUCAGGAUGGGGUUAUAGCCAAUCAGCCUCCAACGUCUCGGGUCGUCGACCAGCGAGAGCAGAUGAUGAUGAGUGGAGGACACAUCCGCAGGGUGACUGACGACGCCCGAGAGGAUGAGAUGGAGGAGAACCUGGCUCACGUGGGGAGCAUCGUGGGAAAUCUGAAAAGCAUGGCUCUGGACAUCAGCAAUGAGCUGGAGUCACAGAAAGAUCAGAUCGACCGCAUUCAGGAGGCGGCCAACCUGAACGUCUCCCGCAUCGACGCCGCCAACCAGAAAGCCAACAACCUCAUGAGGCGAUAGACCAGCUGACCUGCCUGCUUGGAGUCCUGAGCAGACGGCAAAGGGGAACCUCUGACGUUGUUCCUCUUUUCAUUUGUUUUCAAUUCUUUAGUGGCGGGAAGUGCUUUAAUCUGACUGCAGGGUUUUUUUAAUCGCUUCACUUUUCCCCCUACAAAGCAUCUCCAGGUCCCCACAGCAGCACCGCCGACAGCAACCGACAAAACCUGAUCAGGUUUCCUUAUUUGGGGAAAUGAAUAAUUUUUUCUGUUUAGAACAUCAUAGUUUCUGAUAUUCCCAGAAACUAGUUCCCUUACCAGUUUGGCCAGUACUGGUCAACCCUGCCCCUCCUCGGCUCUUUCUACUGCCUCCCAUGUUCCUGACUGGCUGGAAACACGUGUGCCACGGCGCCCUCUGCCGGAGCAGCCGGGCAUUGCGCCGAGGAGGCAAACACGCAUUUGUUCCCAGAGAAAGAUCACUGGGGCCCCCAAGCGGCCGAACAUGGAACUGCUCCUGCCGGCCUCCAUCUUCUUUCCUCCCAUGAAUCUGAUGAAAUGGAGGUGAAACAACGAAGCGGCCCAGAGUUAACAAACGGUUAAUGAGUCACUGAGGACAAACCAAAGGGUCAGCAAAGGAAAAUACAAAAAAAGUAGAUUAUUACUAUUACUUGAAAUGUUAAAUGUUUAUUUAUUUGGUUGUAUCAGAAACAAUGAGCAACUUCUUUUAUUCAAUGUUGUUUUUUGUUUUUAUAAUGAAUUUAUGAUUGUAAGGUUAAAAUGAAAGGAGGCUUUAUUCAUUCAGAAUUUAAAAAAUCAGGUCGUUAGCAAAACUAAUGUCUUUCGUUAAACCCUCAAAAUGUAAUGAAUUUGACAUGAAUAUAAUUUUGAUUUCAACUCUGCAAAUCUCUAACGCUACCCAUAUUUUCUGAUUUAUGCUUAAAGUAGCAGGGUAAUGUUUAUCCAUCUUUUGAUUCGUUUCCCUCAUAUCGACUAGUUGUACCGUCACCCAUGCAUGACGUCAUUUAAAGACGACCUUAUCUUCAAAGAAAGCUGAUUGUGAUGAUCCGUUACUAAAAUAAACCCAGUUCUCCAC